AGAAGGGAGAGAGAGAGAGCGCUGUAAACACAGGGGGCGUCUUACGUUCAACUGGGACAAUAAAGCGCUUUCUGUAUCAAUGCACUAAACAUGAACUUACGCGAUAUGACUGUGAUAAAACUACUUUGCUUAUUGUGCGCCCUGAAAUCCAGUCAAGGUUACUUUGGCAACCCUCUGAACAAAUACAUUCGGCACUAUGAGGGACUGUCCUACGACACAGACGUGGUGCACCAUAGACAUCAAAGAGCUAAGCGAGCGAUCUCACACGAGGACCGUUUCCUUCACCUGGAGUUCCACGCUCACGGAAGGCAUUUUAACUUGAGGAUGAGAAGGGACGCAAAACUGUUCUCAGAGGAUUUUAAGCUGGAUGUGUCUGGAGAAGAAAUGGACUAUGACACCUCACAUAUCUAUACCGGAGAGCUCUAUGACGAGCAGGGCAGCGCAAUUCACGGUUCUGUCGUCGAUGGUAAGUUUGAGGGCUUUAUUAAUACACACCAUGGGACGUAUUAUGUGGAGCCUGUCGAGCGCUACCUGGGCGACAAGAACGUGCCGUUCCACUCCGUCAUCUAUCACGAAGAUGACAUCGAUUAUCCUCACAAGUACGGGCCUCAGGGUGGCUGUGCAGACCACUCAGUGUUUGAGAGGAUGAAGCAGUAUCAGGCCUCUGCUGUGGAAGAGGCCGUCAAGGAUUCCGAAGUGGCGUCAGAGAAGGCGUCAUCUGAUGACCAAGUGUUACAAAGGAAGAAGAGGAUGGCACAGGUGGAAAAAAAUACCUGCCAGCUCUUCAUCCAGACUGACCACCUUUUCUACAAAUACUACAAAACACGAGAAGCUGUCAUCGCUCAGAUCUCAAGUCACGUCAAGGCGAUUGACGCAAUCUACCAGGGUACCGAUUUUCUGGGUAUCCGCAAUAUUAGCUUCAUGGUGAAGAGAAUUAGGAUCAACACAACUAACGAUGAGCGGGACAGAUCCAAUCCUUUCCGUUUCGCUAACAUCGGAGUGGAGAAGUUUUUGGAACUAAACUCCGAGCAGAACCACGAUGAUUAUUGUCUAGCGUACGUCUUCACCGAUAGAGAUUUUGAUGAUGGUGUGUUGGGACUGGCCUGGGUGGGAGCACCCUCAGGGAGCUCUGGUGGUAUCUGUGAAAAGAGUAAGCUGUAUUCUGACGGGAAAAGGAAGUCACUGAACACUGGGAUUAUAACAGUGCAGAACUAUGCGUCUCACGUGCCACCUAAGGUCUCCCAUAUCACCUUCGCCCACGAAGUCGGACACAACUUCGGCUCUCCGCACGAUUCAGGCUCUGAAUGCACUCCAGGCGAGUCAAAGAGCCAGGAUAAGAAGGAGAAAGGGAACUACAUAAUGUAUGCUAGAGCCACGUCAGGAGACAAGCUGAACAACAACAAGUUCUCACUUUGCAGUAUUCGCAACAUCAGCCAAGUGCUGGAUAAGAAGAGGGGCAACUGCUUUGUGGAGUCUGGCCAGCCAAUCUGUGGUAACGGCUUGGUAGAGCCAGGAGAGGAGUGCGACUGUGGAUACAACGACCAAUGCAAAGAUCAGUGCUGCUACGAUGCUAACCAACCAGACAACAAGAAGUGCAAACUCAAACCUAACAAAGUCUGCAGUCCCAGCCAAGGUCCGUGCUGCACCUCCGAGUGCACGUACAAGAGCAGGAACGAGAAGUGUCGCGAGGAGUCGGAGUGCGCCCAUCAGGGCAUGUGUAACGGCGCCUCAGCCCAGUGCCCCACCUCUGAGCCCAAAGCCAACUUCACCGCCUGCCACGGAGAAACUCAAGUCUGCCUUAACGGGGGCUGUUCUGGCUCCAUCUGCGAGAAAUACGGGCUGGAGGUGUGUACCUGCGCUAGCGGCGACGGAAAGGAUGAGACCGAGCUCUGCCAUGUUUGCUGCAUGGAGAAAAUGAACCCCAGCACAUGCAGCAGUACAGGCUCUGAGCGCUUGGCCCAGUUCUUCAAUAGGAAGGUGACCACGCUGCAAGCCGGCUCUCCCUGCAACGACUUCAAAGGCUACUGCGACGUGUUCAUGAAGUGCAGGCUGGUGGAUGCCGACGGGCCGCUGGCCAGACUGAAGAAAGCCAUCUUCAACCCUGAACUCUAUGAGAACAUUGCUGAAUGGAUAGUGGCUUACUGGUGGGCAGUGCUGCUGAUGGGCAUCGCCUUGAUUAUGCUCAUGGCUGGAUUCAUCAAGAUUUGCAGCGUGCACACACCUAGUAGUAACCCGAAACUACCACCACCUAAACCUCUACCAGGCACCCUAAAGAGACGACGAGCCCAACACGCCAGCCAGCAGCAGCAGCAGCAGCAACAGCAGCAGCAGCAUCAGCAUCACCAUCAUCACCACCAGAACCAGCACCCUCAUGCGCACGGCCAUCAGAACCAGCGUCCAUCUCAGCGCCAGCCUCAACCCCCACGCCACCACCGCCAGCCGCGCGAGAACUACCAGAUGGGCCAGAUGAGACGCUGAGAGCCCCGACGUCCCCAUAGCACCACUACCACACCCUGCCAGUGCCUGCCUACAUCGGGAUAACGGUCACUACAGCCACUACACUACACUGCUUCACAGCCAGAUGCAGAGGAUUCUAAUCUCAGCUUACCUGGAAAACACUAAAUAAUUUCCAGCUGUCAAGAAUUGUAAAAUUCUUAACCACGUGCUGUUCAACAACUCCAGUUCGGUUUAAUCAGGACUCGUCACGGGUGGCCACAGAACAAGGCAUUACUCCAAAGAGUCCCAACUGGACCAGCACAUGAAAUCCUCACCACACCCAGUUUUAUUUUUUUUCCACUGCAUCAAACAGGAUCGAUUUUAACCGCUACACUAUAAAAUGUGCAGUAUGUGACAACACGAGCAGGUUUUUUUUAAAGCAGCCUUUGUCCGAAAGUCAUUCACUAAAACAGGAAUCGUUUACAAUAACGCGUCCAGCUCUCCGUAGCGGAUAUCUGGGCCGGUCCAUUAUGCUUCCGUUCAUUCCAGUCUUUAUACUGAGCCACUCGAACAUAGCGAAGAACAUUUCUGCUCUGUGCGGCAGAAGCGAGAUCGAACCGCACGGACAUUUUCAGUCUCUCUUUGGCAAAUCUCAGCACAGGAAGACGACGAAAAUCAUCUCAAAAACAUUUGCUUCAUCAUUCCCUUGAAAAAUGACCAUAAACAGCAGACAAAAAUCAAAACUUUUUAGUUCUGAAAUUAUAUAUUAUCUAUAUUUUUUUUCUCUUUUCUCAUUCCCUUCACAGUUGGUUAAUCGAAAGAGCGCCACGGUUUAAGAGACCAGGCCUUUUCAGUCGCGUUUCUGUUUCAGACCCUCAGAUAACACGGUUCGUGACGAAAGCAUCUAUUUAUUCUUACGAUCGAGCAAAAGGCUGUUAUUUUCUCCACGCAGCAGAUACAUACUACACCGUUGUACAGAUUACAACUGUAUAGAGAAAAGAGAUUUGUAUUAUAUGUGAGAAAUAUUUCUUCUACUUCUCAGAACAGAAACAAGUUGUCGCUUCGAUCAAUAUUUCUCAGGACUUGGACAGAAACAAAGGGACUGGACAGACGAUUGAGGAUGGAGGGAAUUGCCAUUUGAAAGGAUAAUAGCACGUAUACAUAGGAGUCGAGCUGAUUCUUCUGUUUGGCUCUGUACCUUUUUUCUGUCUUUCUUUCUAUUUUUUUUUUUUUUUUUUUUUUUUUUUUUUAAAUCAUUUAUCCAGCGUGUGUUUGGAGGACCGGUGCACACGUCCACGACAAAACUCUAGCGUGAAGAAACGUCAUCGUGGCGUUUGCGCUAUUUUCGCACCUCUCGUCACCUCAGAUUUCACUCUGUCGUAUUCCAGAAGAUUAAUCUGCACAGCUAGUGACUAUGUAUUUGAACGUGCAUGCUACAGACGCUCUAGGAGAGACCUCGAUCCAUCUCAAGCUAAACGUGUACAUUUUAAUACGAAAGGUACGGGGUUGGGAUCAGAUUAUCCGUUUACAUUUUACAGGUAAGGACCACGAAUAGUUCAUUCAUCGGGAAGGACAACAGGCGGUUAGUUUUUGCUAACGAAAGACUCGUCAAGCCUCCGUGCAUGAACCGGUGUCUUCACGAUAUACCAGCAGCGACAAGUAGUCACGUUAAACUUACAGUUCCCUUUAGCCUCGAUUUAAACCAUGCUACGUUUGACUUGUCAGAUCGAAGCAAAUCCACCUUUUAUAAAAUUACAAUCGAAGAAACAGGAACUCUGCAGUUUACUCCACAAGAAACAAACAAGCGCAGUUUAAAGAUUAAAACGUUCCGAAUUAUCGACGAGGAAAUAUUUCCGCUUACAUCAAUUCAAAGAUCCGAUCGUUUUAACUACACGAUGUAAGCAGCGUGCGAAACCUAAAGCUAACACUGAUGUUCGUAGCACAAUUUACUUAGGUUUUUUUUUUUUUUUUUUAGUCUAAUUAAAUUCUUUGUGGGAAACGUUCGCCUCGCCGUAAUCGGUUUAUACGUGUUCUACUUUUAACUAGAAGUUGUGCAACGAAAUAAAGGCAGUUUAAAUUAAUCAAGCAAUCUUAAAACUACUUAAAAACAGACUAGCGUUAACCGUCGCAUUUCCGAUUAACCUAAACUAAACAAUUUAGUUACGAAACGCUACGGUACCGGUGAGGUGAGACGACGCCACGCCGUAAAGCGGACAAGCGAGCAGCGGCGACUGGCGUUUUCAGAGACGGCAGCGUUUGACCUCAGGUCACCUCUCACUUUCACAAUGAGAGUCUCACCCAAACAGAAUCGUUUGAGUUUCUUAGUCGUCGUGUUUGCUUCCAUCAGUAAGAAUUUUAUAGCUAUACAGAGGUUUCAGACCUCAACUUAGGGCCCAGUUGUGCUUUUUUUUGUGUGUGUGUUUUUAAAUGCAUUAAACAGAAAUUGUGCUACACGGAGUGACCGGGCUGCAUUUUGUGAGAGCCACUGAUGUGAGAUCUCUGUCUUAAAGAGUCACAGAGCAGCUUGGUUGCCAUCAGCAAAGCUGCUCUGUGGACAACAUUGUAAACUGUUGUAUACUAUGUACAGUUCCUGGAGCAUUUCUUUUUAAAUUUGAAGAUAAAUAUGAGAUUUUGA